CCUCCCUCACCCGUUGAUUCCGACUAACAAGAAAUGUCGAAUCUGCCGCUAUACAGAGACCCUUGGGCAAAGUUUGAAUCUUGGCGAAAACAUCCCGUCUUUUCUCAAAAAACCAUGCUCCGUAAUCUCUUCCCAGGGUUUGGAAUCGCUGUCGUGGCAUUCACAGGCUAUGUCAUUGCGGAGAACAUUUACCUGAAGGCAAAGAAACCUGAGGUUGAGCCUCACCAUUAGAUGUUUGUACUACGCCCACAGAAUUAACUGUUCCAGUGAACCGUUAUCUUGAACGUUUGACUACUCAAUGAGAGUCCGAUCUGGAGCUCCAGUUAUAUUAAAGGUUACCUUACGCCAUCUUUGAGACUGGACACCGUAACAUCGCACCUUUUCAAUUACCCCUUGUCAUGGGCACUGCAAUAUCGAAAAAUAUCGGUCGCCUGAGAGCUCUGAUGCAGUAUCAUUUACCGUCAAGUGGAUGAACUCCGGCUGAUGGCCGUAUCCCCCGAACCUCUUUACCAGCGCUUUAGGAGU